UUCCUCCAGAGAGCGGUCUGAACACUCCCAGCUCGCUCACCGCUGCCGUUCUAAGACGGUUCCCAGACGGCCUGCGCCGGAAGAAAACCAAGCUGGGCGGCGGCGCUCAGGAAGCUUCCGCUUGUGCGAAGGACGUGCCUAGAGGGGAAUAAAGGAGUGUCCUGGGCCCACGCAGCAUGUCCUCUGCGCGGCCCGGUCCCAGAGCCCGCCGUGACCAUGGAGGCCACAGUGCUCUGGCUGCUGGCGGUGGUCCUGGCCUUGGGGUCCUCCAGCUCGUCCGUCCAGUACGUGGGCCUGUCGGAGACCCAGUGUGCCAUCCCGGCCAAGGACAGGGUGGACUGCGGCUACCCCAACGUCACCCCUGAGCAGUGCAACAGCAGGGGCUGCUGCUUCGACUCGAGCAUCCCCGAGGUACCCUGGUGCUUCAAGCCUCUGCAGCAGACAGAGUGUGUAUUCUGAAGCCACGCCCACUGCCCCCAGACUCCCUGGGAGGUGAAUUUCUACCCCCUGGCGUCCCACCUGCUCAUCUCUGCUUUUCUAUCGUCCUGCUCCUGGCAAGGCUCUGGCUGGAGGCUAAUGUUCGGGGCCUGAUGUCUUAACGAAUAAAGAUCAUACUCAGCAGACA